AAUCCCCGCCGCUGCCGCACCGCCGGCUCCAGCCCGGAGAGCAGCGCCGCGCCCGGUGCCGCCGCCUUCGCUGCGGCUCCCCCGGCCCCGCCGCCACCAUGCUGCCCCUCGGCAUCCUCCUGCUCCUCGCCUGCUUCGGCGCCGCCCGCGGCAACCUCUCCCGCGACGAGAGCCAGCCCACGACGUCGGACGAGACCGUGGUGGCCGGUGGUACGGUGGUGCUCAAGUGCCAGGUGGAGGAUCCCGAUGACUCCUCGCUGCAGUGGUCCAACCCUGCCCAGCAGACCCUCUACUUCGGGGAGAAACGAGCCCUGAGAGACAACAGGAUCCAACUGGAGAAGUCCACACCCAACGAGCUGACCAUCAGCAUCAGUGACGUGGUCCUGUCGGAUGAGGGGGAAUACACCUGCUCCAUCUUCACCAUGCCCGUGCGGACUGCAAAGGCCCUGGUCACCGUGCUGGGAAUCCCUCAGAAACCUCAGAUCUUCGGCCAUGAGCAGCCCAUUGAUGAGGAGAAGAUGGCCCGGCUGACCUGCCAGUCCUCUGGCAGCAAGCCUGCAGCCCAGCUCCGGUGGAGGAAGGGCAACAAGGAGCUGAAGGACGAGGGCACUGAGGUGGUGGAGGAUCCCAAUGGCAAAACCUUCACCGUGAGCAGUCGGGUGGAGUUCCGUGUCACCAAGGAGGACAACGAAGCUGAGGUGACCUGCACCGUGGACCACGAAUCCCUGCAGAACUCUGAGAGGUCGACCACGCAGAAGCUGCAGGUCCACUACAAGCCGACAGCGAAGAUCGAGCCGCGUCCGCAGUACCCGCGGGAAGGCCAGGAGCUCCAGCUGCAGUGUGACGGGCAGGGCAACCCCAUCCCCCAGGAAUUCCUCUGGGAGAAGGAGGGCAGCACGGCGCCCCUGCAGCGGAGCUCCAACAGCAUCCUCAUCUUCCCCUUCCUCAACAAGAGCGACAGCGGCACCUACGUCUGCACAGCCACCAGCUCCAUGGGCAGCGUCGUGGCCAAGUACAACCUCGACGUCAGCGAUCUUUCCCAGCUCCCCACCCCACACGUUCACUCCACUCCAGCCCCUCCGCCAGGCCCUUCCCAGCCCAUCUCUCAUGCAUCCAUGGCCACCGCUUCAUCCUUCACUCCAGCUCCCAUCCAAGAUGCCAGCCCAGUGCCCUCGACUUCCAGCACCUACCACGCGGUGAUCGGUGGGGUGGUUGCCGUCAUUGUCUUCCUCCUGCUCAGUCUUCUCAUUGUGUUGGGACACUACCUGAUCAGACACAAAGGUAUGUGCAUAAGACACGGGGAGACGGUCCCAUCCAGACAUCGGCCAAACCCAGCAGAGGUGAUGUGCACCUACCUGACGCACGAGGCCAAGGGAUCGGACGAUGCCCCAGAUGCCGACACGGCCAUCAUCAACGCAGAGGGCGGCCAAGCCAGCGGCGAUGACAAGAAGGAAUAUUUCAUCUAGGGGUGUCGGAGAGAGAGAGAGAGAGAGAGAGAGAGAAAUGGAGCCAACAGACCCUGAUGGAAACGGAAACCAGACCACAAACCCCACUCAACCCAACAGAUUUUCUCUCGCGCCCGGCACGGGCAAACGGACAGAGGGAUGGCGGGACAGAGAGCAGAGAGCGACCGGCCUGAGACAUGAUGCUUCUUCUUGAACUUGUACAAAACAUUACUACUACGAACAGCGAAAGCCCCGGCCCCGUUUGCUUGCUUGCACCUCCAUCCCUGCGACCGGCGCUCGCACAAAACACAUUCCAACCAGUGAGUGAGCGACUUUCCUUCUUCCUUUGGACCUUUGCUUUGGUUUCGUGGCUGCUCUUUGCUUUGGGCCCUUGGUUGGGAUGUUGGGCUGGGGUUGAUGUAGCUCUUUCCUUUGUUUCUCUCCAUUUUGGUUUCUUUGACAUCCAAGGAUAAAAUCAGGUCCAGGCUCGGGGCAAUUGGGCGGCCCCUCUGUCACAAACGCUCGCCCCAUGCCUUCCACCGAGAGCCGGGACCCGCAUUCCCAUUGCUCCUCCAGCCUCGGCUGCUGUGUGGUGGCCCCAACCCCAACUGGGAUGGGACACGUGGCCAGUGGGAUGGAGCAGCACGCCAGCUGAGGUCUUGGCGUGUAGCGGGGGUCAAGCCGGGAAGGAACCCCAAGUCCCUGCCCUGAUUUUAUCCUUGGUGGUUCUUGUUGAACAGUGUCCAUUCCGGAGGAGAGCUGUCCUCGUGCAGUACGUGUGUGAAGGGGGGGUGAGCUUCCAGGGUGGGAACCGCUGAGGCCCCCAGAGAGACUGGGAGCUGCCGGGCACUGCGGCUCCCCGGUCCCACCCCAGUGGGAGGGGGGAGGGCAGAGAUUUGGGGGCGAAUCCAGAGAGAAAAAGCCCCAACUUUACAAAUGUCUCAGAUUGGAAACAUCGAUUUGAAACCAUCUAUUGAGAUGUUCAGUGUGGGAGGUCACCUGCGCUGGGAACACUGGGGAGAGCUGAUGGGUCUGCAGCCAUCGCCACCCGCCUCUUGGCUGGGACGGCUUUGGGAACCUCUGGAAAAGCAGUUUAAACCCUGAGAGCAGCUUCUAUCAGAGCCGACACAGCUGGUGGUACCGCAGGAGUGGAGUGCAGCUGGAAAGGAGCCGCUCCCCAGGAGCUCCAGCAGUCCAGAGCGGCACCGGGGCUGUGGUUUCUCUGGCUGAGGUGUGUGAAAAGGGGCUCCAAAGGCAUCGGUUUCUUGGAGCUGUCUGUUCCCCUUCCCUCCUUGGCCCCUUGGCAGGGCAGGGCUGAGCUUGGAGAAAGCUGUGUCCCUCUCAGCUCCAAGGGCUGCAGCCAACGGCUGCCAAAACGCCCAAGAGUAGCUUCUCGGUAGGUUGGGGGUCUCCAAGGAAGCUUGCGUGAUCAUUCCCUACCUCCUACGUGUUCCGCUAUCUCUUCCAAGGCAAAACCAAGAAGCUUUCCCAAUCUCUCUAGUACAUCCCCAGGGUCCGCUUGGCCCAUUUCAGCCACACGCCCCCAGGAUGGGGCUGUAGCGGAUGAUACAUUCCGGUAUCUGCAGGACACUCCCCGUUCCCGAGGAGCCAGGCCCCAUCCCUCACCCUCAGGAUGAGGUUUUUCAGCUUCCCAGGAUCUCAGCACCUCUUGGUCUGGACAUAAGGAGCUCACAGGAGCUCACCCUUCAGCUGGGCAUCCCUUCGAUUUUGGGUUGUCUGGAGGAGAAGAGCCCUUCGGGAAGGAGCAAAAGCCCUCAGCGGUGUGGGUAACCUCACCUCGGAGGCAAAGGAAGAGCUGGCAUCCUCCACUGUGGAAUCCUGGGUGUCCGUAAGGCAGGUAGCAUCACUCCCAACCAGAACCUGGGAGCGGGGCACGAGGAGGAUGGCCAUGGGGAAGCUGUCGCAGGGCUGGAACGGGGCUGGGUCCAAGCAGACAAGGAGGAAGAGGCACCCAACUCGGUGGCGGGCGCAGGGUGUGAGUGAGUGGGGCGUUAUGACACGUGAGCAGACGUGGCACGGUUCACCGUGGCCCGGGUGUCUGCAGGCAGCAGGGUGGUAGCACCUCAAGAAGCGUAUGAAGCCUUCGUCACCGCACACAGGGAAGAAAACCUGUGGUUUUCUCAAUGUUGGUCUUCCCUUCCCAUCUCUUUGGAGGAGGAUGUUGGCCUGGGGUCCCAACAAGUGGCUCGGAGCUGGUUUUGAGGGAUGCAGGAGAUAACGCUGCAGGUGUUGAUGCUGUUAACUCCUUCACUGCACACUGAGCACAUACAAAUGCGUGACCCGACGCUUCGCAAAGCUCUUUAACAUCCACUAUCGAUAGACCUAAUUCCUUCAAAUAAAAAUGGAAGGACGUGUUUCCAAGUAGAAUUUAAUCUCAUUGUAAGUCUACGUGCUGGAGAUGGUGAUGGAGAAUGCCUCAAGCCCGGAACCGGGAGGGAGGGGGAUUAACUGGUCCGUGGGGAAAGGGAGGUGGGAGAUGAGGUUUGUGCCCCCUUUGAGGCAGCACGGGCACAGCCGUGGCCAAUUUGUCCCCAGUGCCGCUGCAUCAAGGACACUGGUGGUCACCGCUUUACCCUGGUGGCCAGGAUUGGACCUUUUUGAGACGCCUCGUGGUGUUCGGAAGCGGCAGGAUGCAGCGUGGGGAGAGGCUGAGCUUGCGGUCCUGGGUGUCACAGGUCCUGGGAGUGGUGGGAGCAUGAGGUUCAAGCAAGAGCCAGCAGGCUUUGGUAGGUGCAAGGCAGCAGGAACCCCACUGCCGAGGAGGAGAGCCCGUGUUGCGUGGGGGAGGUGUGGGAAAACACCAGGUUCCACGCAGGAAAAGGGAGAUGCUGUUGAAGGAGCACGAGGGGUAACGAGGACACCAUCACGAGACUGGUGUGGGAUGGUUGCACCCGCCGUGCUGCCAGUGGAAGGUGGGACGGGGUGCACCACGUGAUGGAAAAAAACCCCACUUUUGAGGCUCUGACGGAUAGAUCUUGUCCGUGGGUGUGAGGAAUGGUGGGAAGAGCCAUUCUGGGAGCCCAGGGCGUGGUGGGGUUGAGUCUUUUGGGGUGACGAAUAUGUCGGGGUGUGCAGAGGAACAGGUACGCAGCCAGGAGUGGGGCGUGAUGGGCGUCACACGGUGGGGAUGGGGGGGUUGGAAGGGUGGACCUUGCUGUACGCGCUGUGGUCGCUGGGUCAGGGCUGUUUGGGGGAGGGAGGUACCCCGUGUCCUACGUACAAGAGGUGCUGUGGGUGCUGUGAAGGGGUGGGGAGGUGAUGGGGUGCACGGCGUCACGGACGGUGGAUGCACUACGGGGUGGGGCGAAGCAGCAAUGGGGCAAGCGGUGACAUGAGGGACAAUGUCACAGGAGCUCCUGUCCCUCCUUGCCGGUACCCAUCAAAGCAGGCAAUGUCACCGCGUGGCUGGAAGAGCCCAAGAGCAUCGGCCACCUCCCGUUGAGGGGUCCUUCUUGGCCGUGUGGACAAGGGACAUCCAGCCUCGUGUCCACCCCGUGCCACCAGGGUCACCCGUGCUGGGUCCAGGACAUCUAAACCGGGACACGGCCAGGGCUGGCACUGGGGGAGCGAGGAGGAUUGGGGACCCCGUGGCCCCUGUUUGCAGCCAGGCCUGUUCACUCCCUCUUACUGGUCCCAGUGAGGCUUCAGCCGCUUCCCGGCCGGCACUGAACUCUCAAUAGACACGAAAGCCAUAUUUGUAGGGAGCUCUGGAGACGCCGUGGGGUGGCAGCGGGGCAGAGGACGGUCUGUGUUGUUGUGCUGUGUUCUUGUAUGUACAUAAAAGGGAGACGACGAACGUUGAUGUGACUUUAUAACCUUUCUAAUAUCCUGUGCUAAUCUCGGAAAAAAAAUAAUCCUAUAAAUAUAUCUGGAUUACACACGU